GGGCGGUUUGAGAGUUCCAAGAAUCGGUCGGUGGCUAAAAAUAAGAUCCCACCCGGGAGCAGUGAUUAUGUUCCGAAAAAAGAGAACCGAGCGAAACGUUGCCCGUUCUCUCGGCGUGUACAGGUGCCGUCGAUGAGACGAAGGCAAAAGAAGAAAGAAGAAAGAAACGGUCGUGCGUUGGAGAAUCUCGCAUUGCCCCGCAUCGCCGCGCAUCGCCGCGCAUCGCCGCGCAUAAGAAGGCUCCCCUCGUCUCGCUCGCGCAUUGCUAUGCAGUACCGUGCCGAGCGUGCUGCGCCGCCGCUCUGUGCUGCUUCAGCUCCGCUUAAUGAAGUUGUCGGUUCAGGACGUUUACAGGUGGGGCCUACCUGCGUGUGGUCCAUUCACAACCACUGCCGCGGAACUGACUAUGCAUCGGCAACAGAGGCUUCAAUCUUCGUCGUCGUCGUCGUCGUCGUCGUCGUCGUCGCCGCCGCCGCCGCCGCCGCCAUCAUCUUUGUCAUCGUUAACGUUGCCGUUCUCGAUGUCCCGUCCAUCUAUCCCACCCACACCGCUAUCAUCAGCUACGUCGAUAUCAUCUAUAACGAUGUCGUCUUCAACGCCAAGACCAACGUCGUCGCCGUCGCCAACGUCCAUCUUUGUACCGCUGUCAACGGCGACGUGGUCGACGUCAAACUUAUCGUCGUAUCCGUGGAGCGUGCAACAAACCUCCUGUUCGAGGCUACCUUCGCUGCCAAGCGAAUCGUCGAUCGUGUCAACUGCAUCGAUACCCUGCCCAAAACUUGUCUCUGUAUUAGCCUGGUCUGUCACCCUGUUACUCGUUUCGUCGUGCAUCGGUUUAACGGACGCUGGCAUCUUGAACGGACAUCCUUUGGGUAAAAGGUCGUUUAUCGACAUUCAAUGUAAGGGUAUAUACGAUAAAAGUAUCUUUGCCCGGCUGGAUCGUAUCUGCGAGGACUGUUAUAACCUGUUUCGGGAACCUCAAUUGCAUCAACUGUGCAGGAAAAACUGCUUUACGUCAGACUACUUCAAAGGAUGCUUAGACGUGUUGUUGUUACAAGACGAGGUAGAGAAGAUCCAAACAUGGAUCAAGCAACUACAUGGAGCGGAACCCGGGGUUUAGGCAAGACUGCUUUGGUACGCAAUACUUUACAAGCUGCAUUCAAGCAUUGCUGCUUGAAGAUGAGAAAGAAAAGCUUUUCGAGAUGGUCGAGUACCUAGGCCGCAAGAAGUAAGAAGAAAAGAACACAGAGGCGCUUUCAUUACGAAGACUUUUAUCAGACACGACAUCUACGACGAUGAACGAGGUAUAUUCUGACGAGACCAACGAGCAACUACGAGAAACGAGAAACGAGAAACGAGAAACGGGAAACGAGAUGUUACGAGAAGCAGUUUCCACAAAAUGGUCAUUGUGAUUUUCACACAGAAUUUUGGAAAACUUACAACAACGCAACGUCCAUUCAUGCUACUUUCUUCACGACAUCCGAAACAUCGUACACUCCUGAAUUGGGAAUUCCAGGCACGCUACGUAGUCAUACCUCUUCCUUCCUUUUCCAGGAUAGAACAAUGCAUUGAGAC